GCCGUGAGAGGGAAGAGGGAGUGGGAGGAAGAAAGAGUGGGAAUUGGAGGCAGUGCAGUGCAGAGCGAGGGGGAGAGAGAGGGAGAGAGAGGGAGAGAGAGGGAGAGAGAGGGAGAGACGUAGAAGACCAGAAGCAUCUCUCUGCUGUGAGGCGCUGGAGGCUCCGAGAGAGAAGAGGAUCUCCAGAGGCAAAGGAGGAAGCAACGCUUUGGCUCGGAGGCAAAAGUUGCGGAGCAGGAAGACAGAUCGAGGACUCGGUUGAUGGCAAAAGUAGGAGAUUUAUGGAAAAAGAAGCUGGUGGUGGACAUCAUCCGUCAGCAUGUUCUCUGACAGCAGAGCUCCGGCGGCCGAGCAAAGAGCCUUCAAGCCUCACGCCCCCCACUUCAUCCCGUGGCUGCGCAACAGUCUCAAGUCCCAGCACGCCGCCGCCGACCUGGGGCUCGGCGGACCAUACAAAUCCAGUCCCGAGCUCCACGACAACUUGGAGAGGACCAGAGGCAUCGGGAUCUUCUCCAUUCCGGGGAGAAACAAGGCGAAGAAGAGCGAGCUGCGGUGCAAUGGCGUGGGGGUGGCCAGGAUGCUGCCGGUGGUGCUGAGGGGGCAUCACAUCCUGGGGAAGCCCAAGGAACGCAGUCCCGCCAAGUCCAAGUCGGAAGCAGAACCUAAUCCCGUUACUCCUCAGCGUGAUGGCUCUGGAUCCUCGGUGAAAGAAGACGGAUCGGCUCCAGACUGUACGGUGCCCCUCGGGGUCUGCAUGGAGGACACAAGGGAGGACGUUUGGGACUACGCGGUUCAUCAGCGAGACCUGCAGUCGUCCAUCUGGCUCAGUUCAAACCCUCAGGGAGCAAAAGAGGGCCACCACGGCUUCAGGUCCAGCUUCAGCUACAUCAGCAGGAACUGCCAGAGCCAAAGAGACCUGACUGUGCUCAGAGAAGCGCCACCUGUGGAAGGACUCAACGGAGUCGUCUUCCCCGCUGAGCUCCCUCACAGAGGUUUGGGCUUCACGACCACUCUGCGAGGAGCGGGGAAACACGGAUCCAAACGCAUCCAUGGGCCAUCCGUGGGCCAGAACCACACCAAGUGGAACCGACAUAAAGCAAAUGCCGAGGAGGAGCCCCACUCCAAGGGGUCGGGCUGCAGCAGGAAGGUGGUCCGGAGGCAGCUCAAGCGAGUGGUGGAGAACCUGGAGCAGGUUCUGGCCGCACUGAGGGAUGUUCAACAGGAGAUGAAAGAGGUGGUGCAGCAGAUAGACUACCUGACCUCCUGCAUAGACCUGGAUGAAGGUGAUCCGCAGCAGGCAGGAGAUGAGAGCAGCUCCUCAUCAGGUUCCAGCUCCAACGAGGUGACAGUCAUCAGCGCCCAUUCGAGGGCCUCGCCGUCUGAGGACCGCCGAGGAGCCACCCUCAGGAGAGAUCCCCCCAGUGGGAGUAGAUCUCCACCAAAUGAGUUCUGCACCCGGACGCUUCGUUUUUGUCUCGGAGGUUCUCCCAAACGAGGAGGGCUGCCAACGCUGGUCAAUACUCCCGAUUCGUCGUCCCCUCAAAGAUGCCUCCCUGUCAGGCCGCCCACCCCCGGACUCUCCCCACUGACAGUUAACAUCCACCCGCCCGGCAGCCCUUCCUCCUCGUCCAUCAUGGUCAGCCCCAUUUCCCCCGUGUCACCCACACCUCACCCGACAGCCGUCCUCUGCCCAUCUGUCGUCAUCGACCACCCGGGGGCCGUGCGCUUCUGUGCGUCCGUGACGUCCCGCCAUCCGUCUGCCAGCUGCCCCCCCACAGACUCAGAGCCGGCGCCCCACACCGACGAAGAGAGACGCGCGUCCUCGGCGGGGCCUCCCGUCGCGGCGUCCGUCAGGGCGGCGUCAGGGCAAGGCCGCAGAGGUCGCAAGCCUCCGCCUUACCCCCACCACCUCUCACAGCCCCCGCAGGCCGCCAAGGAGCCCCGGAAGGCACCCCCGUACCCCGAGAAGAGAAGACUGCUAUCAACCACGGUGUGAGACGCCGCCGCUCCAAAACACGAGGGAGAGUUUGAAGCCCAGCCGAGUUGAGCUGAGCACGUUUCCAAGGUGACAGACGUCGACUUGGGCCAUCACCCGGAUGUGGUUUACUUCCUGUUAGGACCCCGCUAAAACGUUUCCUCAACCUACACAGACCUCCUGGGAGAAAUGAGAGCUAAGGAAAGAAGAGCGCACACACACACACACACACUGUCAAAGUGUGUGUCACCUUGCUGGAGGAAGGAGGCGUGUCCACAACAACCGCUCAGGCAGAAAGAAAGCUUCCUUCCAUGAAACAACUGUUUUCAACACAACUUCCUGUGCCUGACAGCAUUUGUUGGUUGGAGCCAGGAUGUACGGAGGAGGGAUCAAACCCAUUGGGGGAUUAAAAAAAUAAUAAUAAUAAAAAUAAAGUAAGAGAGUGUGGUGGAAAAUGUGCAUUAUAAAAAUAAAAAUAAAUCCAGCAAAGUGACGUCCUUUUUUUUAGUAUUGUUGUGUGUGAAAUGCAUUCUUCUUCAUACAUAACACUACUGGCUCGGCGGCCAUAACAUUAGGUACAGCAAGGCUCUAGGAUGAAAGCCAACACAAGAUAACGCACGUACGCAUUCAACAGCGAGCUCGGAGAUGGCAUGGGGGCUAUUUG